AGAAAACAGAUUUAUUUGACAUUGGUGAUCCAAUGUGAUAGUUUUAGAGGACAGGAAAGAAAAAACCCAAAUCUUUUCACAGAAUGGACAGGAAGAAAACUUUUCUAAGCUGCAAAGAAGACCUCUUUUGUUUCUGGAAAAUUAAUAGAUAAGGCCCAUAUUGAUUUAUACUGGCAAAAUGUUUGACUUCUGAGGGUAAAGAAAAACCCUUGCAAGCACCAAGCAAACUGCUGACCUUAAACAGACAAACCCAGCUUUGCAUUUUCAGUGCCAGAAGACAAUGAAAUAAAGACAAGAGUUUUGAGGGGGAAAGCUUGAGACUCAAGAAUCCUAUAAACAGGAAAUCACUGUAAAGGCAUUCUCACCUAGGGCAAAGGCUUAGGAAAUACAACAUUCCAGAGUCCCCCCUGAAAUCGCCAGUCAUGUGAGAGAUAGGUCCAAAUGAGGAAUAGAAAAAUUAGAAUACAAAAAACCGGCAGUGACAUUGAAACCAAUUAAAUAGAGUUGGCAAAAGCCAAAAACAAGGAUUGAAAAAGAAUGUGGCUUAAAAAAAAAAGUGUAAACAAAAGCUAGGUCUGUUGUCCUGAUUAAGUGGACAAAUAUAAGUAGUGAGGGCGGCAGGUAGGAGGCAGAAAAGCACAUUACAUUUCUUAUGACAUAAAGGGGAAUAUAAAAACGAAUUAUUUGUCACUGACUUUACUAAUUUGUGAAAUGUAAACUAUUUUCAUUUGAUUAAAGGCAGUCGCGAGAAGAAUUAAAAACACUUUCUGCCUUGAAAAUCACGAUAGAAAAUAAAAGCAAAUGUGGGAAAAUUCAGAAAACAGGAAUAAAUAAAAACUAGAGAAUACAAAGUCGUAAGACCAAACACGACACCUAUAAACAGCAGAGACGUAAUGCGUUAAAUCCCAGCCACAGUAGAGACUGCAGUUCUUAGGACAGACCCUGGUGCCUCCAGGCCUUUGCUAGUGCUAAACUCUCGGCCAGGCUUGUUUCCCCACCCUAUUCAAGGCUGAGGCCUCAAUUCAAGGCCGACUUUCUCCUCCCGGCAGUCCUCCCGGGCCGCCCUAGGCUGAGUGAGCACUCCCCACAGUGAACGCUGCCGGCGCGGGCGAGGCCGGUGCUCUAGGUCCGGGACAAAGUCCCCACCUCACUCCCUCUCACCCCGGAUUGCAGCGUGUGGUCUGGGGCCACGCGUUACGCCAGGCGCGGGACAGGGUGAAAGCGUUCAAUCCUGCUGGGGUAUAAUGUGCAUUUUUUCCCCGUCGCACCUUCCAGACGGUGAUCCAGUGUGAGCAGCAAGUUUCAAAUCGUCUCCGUUUGAUCACGAACGGAGUUUACUGCCCUUCGACGCCUCCCGCACGACAGCCCGUGGUCCUCGCGCCCGGGCGGGUCGUUUCUCGGCCGGGUGGAUCCACCCGCGACGAUUCGUCCCGACCCCACCUAGCGGACUUGCAAGGUCCAAAGGCGUCCGCUGGGAGGCCGCGUCCGGAAGAGCUGGCGCGGGAGAGGAAUGGGGCUCGGGGCUCGGAGUCGGGAGCCCCUUCACCCAAGCAAGAGGAGCUCCUCCCCCUCUUCCUAGACGUGGGAUUCAGCGAGGGCGCGGUUCCAUUGGAUUUGUUGCAGACGAACGACUGGGCCUAAACCCAAGCCCAAGGGCCUGGGGGGUAACGAGCGAUGACCGGAGGGGAUUGUGGCUGUCUUGCUGCGCCCUAGAGAGGAGGAGAAAACUGCAGUCCGGGAUGGCUCAGUCGGCCCCUCCAAAGCCGCGCAGCUGGUUCGGGCCGAGCCCCGACUGCGAGAGUGAGGCACAUGGCCCCUGCAGACCGGGCCUCGGAGGGUCCCAGGCUUGAGGACCCGUCAGCCCCUCAACCCUUUGGAAAGUGCCCCCCUGGCUUAGUCAUGGCGAAGCUGGAGACACUGCCUGUGCGCGCUGACCCAGGGCGGGAUCCUCUCCUGGCCUUUGCCCCACGGCCCUCCGAGCUUGGACCCCCGGACCCCCGCCUGGCCAUGGGUAGCGUGGGCAGUGGGGUGGCCCAUGCCCAGGAAUUUGCCAUGAAGAGCGUGGGUACCCGCACAGGGGGAGGGGGCAGCCAGGGCAGUUUCCCUGGCACUCGAGGCAGUGGCAGUGGGGCCAGCAGGGAGAGGCCAGGCCGCUACCCCUCAGAGGACAAGGGUCUCGCCAACUCCCUCUACCUCAAUGGCGAUCUGCGGGGCAGUGACCACACUGAUGUCUGUGGCAACGUGGUUGGCAGUAGCGGUGGCAGCAGCAGCAGUGGUGGCAGUGACAAGGCGCCACCACAAUAUCGUGAGCCCAGCCACCCACCCAAGCUCCUGGCCACCUCUGGCAAGCUAGACCAGUGCUCAGAACCACUAGUUCGGCCAUCGGCCUUCAAGCCUGUCGUACCCAAGAAUUUCCACUCCAUGCAGAAUUUGUGCCCCCCGCAGACCAAUGGGACUCCUGAGGGACGACAGGGCCCUGGUGGCCUCAAAGGCGGACUGGACAAGUCCCGGACCAUGACUCCAGCGGGCGGGAGUGGGAGUGGCCUCUCAGACUCAGGCCGGAACUCCCUCACGAGCCUGCCCACCUACAGCUCCAGCUACAGCCAGCACCUGGCGCCCCUCAGUGCCUCCACCAGCCACAUUAACCGCAUUGGCACUGCCAGCUAUGGUAGUGGUAGUGGUGGCAGCAGUGGUGGGGGGUCGGGCUACCAGGACCUGGGGACCUCCGAUAGUGGACGGGCCUCCAGCAAGAGUGGAUCAUCGUCAUCCAUGGGGCGGCCAGGCCACCUGGGCUCUGGGGAGGGUGGAGGUGGAGGCCUACCUUUCGCAGCCUGCUCACCGCCCUCGCCCAGUGCACUCAUCCAGGAGCUGGAGGAGCGCCUGUGGGAGAAGGAGCAGGAGGUGGCAGCUCUGCGGCGCAGCCUGGAGCAGAGCGAGGCGGCCGUGGCCCAGGUACUGGAGGAGCGUCAGAAGGCGUGGGAGCGGGAGCUGGCCGAGCUGCGGCAGGGCUGCAGUGGGAAGUUACAGCAGGUGGCCCGCCGUGCCCAGCGUGCCCAGCAGGGCCUACAGCUGCAGGUGCUGCGUCUGCAGCAGGACAAGAAGCAGCUGCAGGAGGAGGCAGCCCGGCUGAUGCGGCAGCGGGAAGAGCUGGAGGAUAAGGUGGCCGCCUGCCAGAAGGAGCAGGCAGACUUCCUGCCCCGGAUGGAGGAAACUAAGUGGGAGGUGUGCCAGAAGGCUGGUGAGAUCUCCCUCCUGAAGCAGCAGCUGAAGGACUCGCAGGCGGAUGUGUCGCAGAAGUUGAGUGAGAUCGUGGGACUGCGCUCACAGCUGCGGGAAGGCCGGGCCUCGCUUCGGGAGAAGGAGGAGCAGCUGCUCAGCCUGCGGGACUCCUUCAGCAGCAAGCAGGCCAGCCUGGAGUUGGGCGAGGGCGAGCUGCCUGCUGCCUGCCUCAAGCCGGCGCUGACCCCCGUGGACCCGGCCGAGCCACAGGAUGCUUUGGCCACCUGCGAGAGCGACGAGGCUAAGAUGCGCCGUCAGGCCGGGGUGGCCGCUGCCGCCUCCUUGGUUUCCGUGGACGGGGAGGCGGAGGCUGGUGGGGAGAGCGGGACGCGGGCCCUGCGGCGGGAGGUGGGGCGGCUGCAGGCCGAGCUGGCGGCUGAGCGGCGGGCCCGGGAGCGCCAGGGUGCCAGCUUCGCCGAGGAGCGCCGUGUGUGGCUGGAGGAGAAGGAGAAGGUGAUCGAGUACCAGAAGCAGCUGCAGCUGAGCUACGUGGAGAUGUACCAGCGCAACCAGCAGCUGGAGCGCCGGCUGCGGGAGCGUGGGGCCGCAGGGGGUGCGAGCACGCCCACUCCCCAGCAUGGCGAGGAGAAGAAGGCCUGGACCCCCUCCCGCCUCGAGCGCAUUGAGUCCACAGAAAUCUGAUCGACCUGGGCACUCGGCCUAUUGACAAAUGUCCUGUCAAAAGGCCACAGUCCCUAGUGUCCCCUACCCUCCAUCUCCCCCAUAGAUCCCGUAUCCCCAGACCAAAGAGGUUCUCUAAGCAGCUGUGACCAGGUUCCUCCCUCCCCACCUGCCCUUCCAGCUCCAGCACUGCCCCCGUGGCAGCCCACUUGGACCCUCCUAAAAGGAGGGAAUAGGGGGAGGGCAGGAUGAGCAGGGGCAAUCCUAGGUGGUGGGGGAGUCAUGCUCCCUUUCUUGGCACCCUCUUGUUGGAGAUGGAGGCAGCAGGCCUGCAGUGCCAUAAGGUGCCCCAGUCCUUCUGGGGGUCAGGGCUGCUACUGUUGGGCCACCCUGUGUCCAGUGAUGCUCUCUGUGCUCACCUCCUAGGCCAAGGAGCCUGAGGGGGCCUGCACUGGGUUUGCUGAGACUGACAGACCCUGGGCUCCAGACCUCUCUCCCUCCUACAGUGCUCUCCCUCCCUGGGCAGAUUGGCAGGACAAGUGGGAGCAGAUGGCCUGCCUUUGGUUGAGAGGGCUACCUGCCCAGCCCCUCCCCCCAAGAUCUCUUGGGCUCAGGCCUCAGAGCCUGGCCUGGUCGUGAGUGUGUGUCCCUGUGUGUGUGUUGCGGGAGGGGAGGACUGGGGCUGGAAGUCCGGCACCCAGGGAAGAUCUGUCCUCCUGUUCUUGGAAAGGGUUGCCUGAUGGCUUCUCGGCUCUACCCUCGCCCUUCUGGCCAGGAUCCCGCAGGGCAACAGCCCCAUCUGCUUGGCUGACCCCACACCCAGGGCCACUGUCCGGCUCCAAUACAGCUAUUAAGUACUACCUGCCUCUCAGGCACUCUCCUCACCCAGUUUCUGAGGUCAGACGAGUGUCUGCGAUGUCUUCCCGCACUCUAUUCCCCCAGCCUCUUUCUGCUUUCAUGCUCAGCACAUUGUCUUCCUAGGCAGCCUCUUCCCCAAAGUCUCACCUUUUCUUCCAGUAGAAAAUUCUGCUUGACUUUUGGUGCACUGCCCACUUCCCAGCUCCACUGGCCCAAGUCUAAGCCGGAGGCCCUUGUUUUGGGGGUGGGGGGAGAGUUGGAUGUGAUUGCCCUUGAAGAACAAGGCUGACCUGAGAGGUUCCUGGUGCCCUAAGGUGGCUCAGCAUCUACCCAGGGUAGGCCUGGCAUGAGGGGUUAGGUCAGCCGACGUCAGCUACUUCUCUUGGGGCCCUCUCAGAGUCCAUCUCCCCAAGACAGGAAGGGAAAAGCAAAUUUCUAAUUCACCAGCAAUAAAAAUUGGAGGAGGCUUGGCCCUCAGCCCUUGUAUUUCUCUCUUUUUCACUCUCUCUUCCUCCCACCCCCAGGACUGAGUUUUGGGGGGCAAGGUGGAGAGAGCUGGCAACUACUGUGAGCAAGUCCCCUAGCCCCUGACCAGCCUCCUCCCAUGACUGGUGACUGUUUAAUGAGCUGUGCAUCCCCCACAAAAACAUGAGUGCCCCUCUGUGUGGCCUCUGACCCUUUGCACAGCCCUUCUGGGUGGUCCUCACCAGGUCUCUGAGCUGGGUGGGAGGCCAUCCUGGCAACCACUGCCCAUUCCAUUCACCCCUCACUGCACCUGCCCUAGAACCUGGGCCUAGGCCACAGGGGCAGGGAGAAGAGAAGGCAUUAGUAAGAAAAAACUAGAAAAAAAUAUGAACAGACUUAGCUUUGGGACGUCCAACCACAAAAGAAAUUAUAUAUAAAUAUAUAUAAAUAUAUAUCUCUACCAUAUGUGAUGGAAAGACUUUUUGUUUUCCUUUCCCAAAGAAAUAAAAUGGAAAAAGCCUC